AUGCAAGGAGAGACAUCAGAUUAAUAAUUUGAAUAGAUUUAUCAAAGCCUUUGUAAAGACGAUAGAUUUUGUUUUGACUUAAGAAUAUAAUUCGAAAGAAUUUUGAAAGUAGAACAAGAGAGGUGUGGAGCCUAUGAGAAUCUUGCAUGCUUUUUGAAUGGAUUAGCAAAGGAACCAUUUAAAGAAUAAUAAUCUUUAGUAGAGUUGCUUGAUGAACUAGCUAAAGACAUCUAAGAAGUUAAUUAAAAAUAUGCAGAUAAAUAUAAUAAAGAUGAAGACAAAGGGUUUAUUAAAUUGUUAAAACAAAAAAUAAUACCUAGUUUGAUAGAUGGACAAAAGUCUGUUGAAGUUUAAAAAAAGGCAUUAGCUGAAUAUAAAGAGAAGGCUACAAGAUUAAAAAAAUUAGAAUUAAAGAAAAACGAAUUAAUGAUGAAAAAUGAUGAUAAAUUACUGAAUAUAGAAAAAUAGUUACAAGAAGCUAAGAGAGAAAAACUUGAAAAAGGUUACACUUUUAAUUUUACAUUUUAAAAUUAUGUAGAGGAUAGGAAUGAUGAAUUAAAAGGUCUAUUCAAACACUUUUUUAAUAGGCUAUUGAUGAUAUCUUCAGCAGGACUUCAACAUUACUCAAUUGCAAUUAAUAAAAUUCACACAACAGAUGAAAAAAAAGAAGUUGAAUAAAAAUUAAGUGAACUGGGAAUUAUUAAAAAAAAAAAUAGAUGA